CUUACUAAAGCUCUUGGGCGCCCUCAGUUUGAAUACUUGUCUUCCAAGUUGGGCGUUAAGGACCUUCACUCUCCAACUUGAGGGGGAGUAUUAGGGAGAUAAUCCCUACGUUAUGGAUUAACUUCAAAGUUGUGUUUAUCUACAUGUAAUAUAUUAGAGAUAAGUCCAAAUAGCUUGCGUAUCAAGGCAUCGCUAUGUUGUAUUUAAGAAGAGCCUUUGCUCACGUUAAUAUCAAGUCAAUAGUUUAUGAAUCUCAGUUUUGCUUUACAACCAACGCAGACCUUAUUCGUCUAUAGUUGAACUCGUUCGGUAUCUAAGCUCCAAUGCCUGAACAAUGAUACCACAGCUAAAAGCAUCUCUAAUACCUUUAUGUAUUUCUCUAAAAUAGAGUUACAUUAUAUAAAGAAAUAUAGAAUAAUAUUAUUAUUUUACUCUGUCUAAAGAUAAAGUAAAAGUUAACAUACCUAUAUAUUUUUUAUAACUCUAUUAUAAAGGUAUACCAUUUGAGAAAAUUCACUUUUAUAAUAGAAUUAUUUUACUUUAGAAGAAAAUAUAGAGAGAAAAAUAGGUUUGGGUUAGAUAUGGUUUAAGAUUCUAUAAAGGAGCAAAGGAGGCAGAGGGACGGAACAGUUUUGUUUCCCGUCUUGAUCCCUGUCAAUGCCGAUCCAGGCUCCAGAGUAUCCUUCAACAACUCCAACGCUGAGUGAGUGGACUCGCUUCCCAGUUUCAAAAGACUCGGCGCUCAUUUCGCAGAUACGGACGAUCAAAGAGUGUACGGACGCUGGCUUUCUCACGGGACUGCUUCUCGAUGAUGAUGGGCUUGACACAAAUGUGGGUUAAAAUAUGUUGGGCUUAUUACAUCCUUAAUAACAACAGCAAAUCAUAAGUUAUGGGCUAAUUCUCAAUGUUUGGGGAAAGCCCAUUUAAAAAAGGAGAAACGAUUCUCAGUUUCUCACGCCGACAUUAUGGUCAAAGGAGCUCACAAGUCAUAACUUCUGGCCUUCUUUAGGACAAAAGGAGUGUACUUAUGUUUUUGGAUUAAACUAAUAAUCAAGACUAAUUACGUACACCCAAAAAUAGGAAUCCAGCUGCAACUCACCACCAUUUGUAUUAUUAAGUCACCAAAAUAGGAAUCCAGCUGCAAUUCACCACUACUUCUUUCACAUUCACGCACACCCAACUUUCUCUCGAUGUUCAUCAAUAGUAGCAGGCCCAAUUAACAUCUUCCGUUGCUGUCUUCCUAAGAACCACACUUUUAUCUUAAUUUAAUUGCACUUAGCACCUAAAUAAUAUCUCUAAACACUAGUUAUUUGAAUAUUAACGCAUAUUCUUUAUAUUUAAUGAAUCAAAGCAUUGUUGUAUGCAUACAUCAUUGUAGCUUUUACUAGGAGUUUUGCGGUUCGAUUCAUUGUUUUUGUAAACGCGUAAGACCCAUGUUUAGUGCUUACACUGAAGAAACCCAAAUUACAAUAACAAACAACAGGAGAGAGGGAAAGAAGAAAAGAUUUGUAUUCUUUUCUUCGUCCUAUUCUUACGUACGUUGAGUUACAAGUACGGAUCAUUUUGUAUUUAGAUGCUUCUCAUAUCAGAAAAUAUAAGACAAAUUGAAGUCGGUGGUCCAAAGAAACUUUAUGUUUUCGCCUGGUUCUAACUUUCUAAAACUCACAGACACACAUGUAUCUUAUAAAGUUAUAAGUAAAUCUUUUUUGAUAAAGAUCAAAGUCACACAUGUCUCAACAACAUUAGUUUAAACCUUUUUUUACUCAGAUUUAUCUGUUUCUGUAUCCGUUCAUAUUAACUUUUUAUCUGCUGUCUUUCCCGACAAAGAAAACAAAAACAUAUCUCUUUUUUCAAACCAAGACCAUUCUCUCCAACGCUCUUGUAAAGCAAAUAGAUAUUUCACUUUAUUAUAGUAUAAGAUUUGUGAUUAAACCUUAAACCUAACUAAACAACAAAACAGAAGUCCUAAACUUUUUCAAACCAUAGGGUAACAAACACCAAUUCGUUACAAACAAACAUAAAGUGUCAAGUUAGAUGUUAAAUGGUUAAAAUGGUCGAACCUUGUGAUCCGUUUCGAUUUGGAUGUAUAAAAUUCUGUUACUUAAAAACUUGGUAAAACUUGUAAAAAUUUAUCUUCAACCUGCGAUCUAGCACUGAUCCUGUAUUGAUUGACUCGGUACAUACCCACAAAGUACAAUCGUAUUUUUAAAAAGUUUGAUUUAACUUUUGAUAGUUUUUUUACCGUAUAUGUGUAUACUACUAGUACUAACUAAACUAAUUGCAUCGUGCUUUUAGACCUUGAUCAAAAAAUUAUUAUGCCACCUGAAAAAGUGCGCAUAUAAAACUAUAAGUGGUUGACAUGGUCUAGUGUUAGUUUAUUUUUUGCUACUGGUAAUCUAUUAUUCCCUACGUUUUUAAUUGAUAAGUUUAAGAGGUUUUGUUUUGUUUCAAAUUACAUGAUAUUUUUAAUUUUAAUGUAAAAUUUAAUGAUUUUAAUUAUGCUAUAUGAUUUUUUAUAUUCUACAAAUUGUUUUCUAUUAGUUUAAUUAUAGUUAGUUAGGUAGCUGAUGUUUUUGUUUAUAAAAUUUAUAAAAUUAAAUAAGAUAAAUAGAAGGAAUAUAAGAUUAAUGUUUUGUAUUUAGUUUAUCCUAGAUUUAAAAUUGAAAUUUAUAGAAUUUGACUUUAUAAUAUCAAUAUUUAAAAUACAUCAUAAAUUAUAUAAAACAUAAAUUUUAAUAAUUUCCGGAUUAAUUAGUAUAAGUUUCAGGAAGGUGUGUUUAUUCGGGUACUCAAUAGGUAGACAUUGAUGAGUUCUAAAUUUACUGGAUAAAGAGAUUUUGGAUCCAUAUCGGAUGGUAGCGUUUUGAUAUGGAUUUGAUUCCUGUCAGUUAUGGAUAUGUUCUAGAAUUAAAAUUCUGUUUCAUAUUCAAAAAUUUGGGUAACAAUCUAAUUUUAAAUUAUCAUUCUCUCCGGUUGCACAAAAAAAAAUAUCCUUCUAUCCGUUCCACAAAAAAUGAAAGUUUUGAGAAAAAAAUAUUUUAUAAAAAUAGAUUUUUAAGUUAUUUCUUCAUAUUUAAUAAGUGAAAAGAAUAAUUUGUUAAAUUUAAAAAGUUUAGAUUAAAACUAUUGGUAUAAAGUUACUGAAAUCUGCUUUUUUUUAUACAUGAAUAUAGUUAUUGCUAUGUAAUAAUCAUUUUCUAAUAUUUCUGACAAAAAAUUCAAAAAUUAUCAUUGUGGAACAGAAAGAGUACAUGAUUAUAUCCGAAACAAGAAAAUAUAUAAAUGUAAUGAAAUAUCUAAACGAGUUUUGAAGACAAUAUUGAUCACAAAUAUAGAAUUUAAAUCCAAAGUACUUGAAAAUAGCUACUAGCACAUGAAAGACAAGUAUAUUGUAAGAAUUUCACUUACUCUGUAUUGAUUAUUACAGGGUGAGUUGAAUCUGUAAAAUCUAACUGCAUAAGACUGCAUUUGUUUCUGGUUGAUCGAGUAAUCGCUCGGGUUUUGGGUAGAAAACUUAACCGAACUGAUAGUGAUAGUCAGUAGUCACAGUUCUCGUUGAGAAAAACCAUUGGUUUAAUACACUUACAUGUAACGGAUCCGAACCGGUUAGUUUUGAGUCGGUUUUAGUCCGGGUAUUUGGUUCUAGUAUUUAUGCCGAGACUGUAAUUAUUUGUUACCACACAAAAAAAUUACCAAUGUUUCUUUUUGCAAUUGACUUGGAGGAAUUUGAUCCAAUGAUCUUUGACAUUUGUUUGAGGAUAAAUCCACAUUUCCACCAACCCUUAGCAUCACAAAGUUAUAGAAUGGAUCAUCAGAGGGUCCACAUGUGAUGCAAGAAAACCGCGUCUACUAUAGCAAAAUCCAAAUUCAUCCAUUCUCUGUUUCUCUCUGCUCCUCUCUACUAGUCCCAUUUCUUCACUACACUUCUUUUUAAUUUUAAAACAAAAUCCAGAUUCUGCCUCCUUCCUUUAGAUACACCUUAUUUAAUCACAAUAAUACUAUUUUAGUGAAUCUACAGUUUUCCAUUGAGAUAUAUAACACUUGUUAAACCCACAAACAACCUGUGUAGUUUCCUGGAAGCUACACUUUUAAACAUUUGAGAUAUAUUACUAAACGUGUACAUGCUUUAUCUGCUGUUUAAGAUACUAAUCCACACUUAUAAAUAACUGCUAGCAAUUGUUAACAUUCCAACAUCAGAAUCCAAUCAGUCCAAAAUAAAAAAACAGCAAACAUUUUGAGAAAAGAAAACUUACUUCUCUGUGUGGUUUGUUCAUGUCUGGUCAUAGUAAUUCCACUAACAAUACACGAAGUGAUGGACAAGCUGGUAUACCCUCUGCCUACAGAGGAGUCCGGAAGAGAAAAUGGGGCAAAUGGGUGUCAGAAAUUCGUGAACCAGGGACCAAGAACCGUAUCUGGCUAGGAAGUUUCGAGACUCCUGAAAUGGCUGCAACCGCCUAUGACGUGGCAGCAUUCCAUUUCAGGGGACGAGAGGCUCGUCUCAACUUCCCUGAACUCGCCAGCAGCUUGCCACGCCCUGUAGACUCUAGCUCAGACAGUGUUCGCAUGGCAGCUCAUGAGGCAGCACUCUGCCUCAGAACCGAACCAGUGGAGUCAGCCAUGCAAGUGGACACCUCAAGCUCCUCCAAUGCAGGUCCAACGAUGGUCAGACUCUCCCCCAGAGAAAUUCAAGCGAUCAACGAGUCAACUAUGGGAUCUCCUACCAUGAUGAUGCAUUCAACAUAUGAUUCAAUGGGGUUUGGCUAUGAUAUGGGGAUGAAUGUUUGGGAUACAUACCUGACCGACUCUCUUUGGGACCCUUAAUCCCCGAACUCAUGGGGAGUUUCUACAUUUUAACAAUAAUUGGUUGCUUCCAGCUUAAGUCAAUGGCCUAGAAUGUUUAAUUAUUAGGGUUUAGUUUCCAGAGUCUAGCACAAGGGUUGUUGAUUCUGACGUUAUGGCAAGGAAUAAAGCUCAUCUGAGUUUUGGAGGGAAGGGCACGAUUGUAUUCUUCUAAAGGAACAAGAGAGCUUGAUGGGUCCCAAAUAUGGACCUCUUCACCAAUAUUUUUAAGCAUUAUUUGCCACUAGUAGACACAAAGCUUCUAUUUCAUAAGCUAUGUUAGAGAUUGUGAGGUGUGACUUAUUUUUUAUUUAUUUUCCCAAUUGUUUGUUACCCCAUAUGCUUAUGUAAUUCGAUAUGAAACAUUGAUUUGAUUUGGUAUUAUGUUUUAUGGAUUUCUGAAAACUAUAAGAUAUUUAUUAUUCUAACAAGACUUUUUCUAUCAACUUUUUUCCUUACCGAACUACGACUGAUCUUAAGAAUUUUUGUUUACAUUUCAUACUUGGAAUCUAUAUGGCACUCAGUGGCGAGAGAAGGCGCACCGUUCGCCAUGGUGCAAAAAAAGCGACCACCAUGCAAAUGGACGACUAUUUUUUCACAUCGCAGAAUAGAGGACUUGAAAACAAUUUAUUUGUAUAUAAAAUAAUUUAGAAGAGCUAUUGAGAAAUUUAGUAUGUAAAACAUCUUCAAACAUGUUAUAUGUAUUCAUACGAGUUAUUGGAAAAAAUUCUAGAUUCAUUAUUAUUUGAUGAAUUUAAAAAUCGUAAUAGAAGAACUUAAAAAUUAAAGCUCAAAUCCAAUUAUUUUAAAACCAAAAAAACUGAAACCAAAGUGCUGCGUUGAGAGUAUAACCUUCUAUUGGCUCUAAUUGUUGAUGUGUAGUAUUAGCUUUGAGUUAUCAAAAAAAUUAUAGUUCAAUGUAAUUUGCAGUAAAAAUUAUGUGAUAAAAACUUUAGAUUUAUGUAAUGAGUUUGCCGUAUAAAUUUGAGUUAAUAUAUUUUGAAAAUAAUUAAUUGGUAACAUUUUUGAUGUAUAAGUUGCAGUAUGUAUAAUUUUUUUUUUAAAUCUAAAUAUCAGAAAUAAUAACAUAUAUUAUAUAUUUAAUAAAAUAAUUAGAAAAACUAAAUGUAAUGUAAAAAUUAACUAAGAACAUAUAUUAAGAAACAAUUAAAAAUUAAAAUUAACAAAUAAAAUCAUAGAAAGUCUUUGGCUAACAAGUAGGUAAUUUAUUGAAACAUUGUAUUAAUUAGUAACAAGUAAACGUACAACUAUAUGAUCAUGAAUUUUAAUUUUUUAAUUUGUUAAAGAAUAAAAAAGGACGUGGGGGUAGUUAAUGGAAAAUCAAAAAAUUAUUAAACUCAAGUCUUAAUAUAUAAGAAUUUUGUUGAUGUUGAUUUAAGAUUUGAUUUAUCAUUUUUACAAAGGACAUAACUCAAACUAGUAACUCAACAAUCUCCUAGACUAUGGCUUUGAUUGGUAACAUGAUGUAUACUUGAUUUAGUUUGAAUUAGGGGUACUAAUCAGAAAUGUCACCAAUCAUGAUGUAGUUAUAAAUUUUUGAGUUUGUGUUUGCAUUAUAAUGUGGUAAAGUUGUGUUAUAUUUUUGAGUUAUGUCCUUUGAAAAAUCAACAAAUCAAAUAUUAAAUCAACAUCAAAGAAAAUGGCAUGUAUUAGACUUUGAGUUAACUUGAGUUGGUUGUCCACGUUUUUUUUUCUUUUUCUAAGGAAAUUUAUCAACUUUUGAAACAUGGCAAUUGUCCAACAUUUACUGUUGCAUACAACUAUUUAUUUGCCAAUAAAUAAAUAAAUAUUUUCAAUAGUUAUAUACAUGAAUUCAUUUGUUUGUCAGUUUCAUUAUAAAUUUUUUUAUUUCUAUUCAAUUACUUGAAAUAAACCUUUUAUAAUUUAAAUUGUUAAUUUUUGGUAAUUAAAAUUUACAUCCAUAAAUUUAUUUUAUAAUAAGAGUUUUUUGUUAUUAUACAUGUAUAUUUAGAUAUUUAUUAAUUUUAAUCGAUUUAAAUUUUCUCUAAUCUAUUUUAAUUAUUAUAUUAGUAAUAACUUUUAUUAUUUUUGUAUUUAUAAUUUUUAUUAAUUUUAAAAAAUAAUUACUACAAUUUAUAAAUUAAAACCAUUACCAAUCAAUUUUAUUAAUUGUUAAAUUCUUAUCUCUUAUACAUAUUCAAAGUAAUAUAUUUUUAUUCAAUAAUAAAUUAUUUUAAAAUUUUAUUUUUCUUUAAUAAAUACUUCAUUAUUUAUAUGUUUAUACAUUAAUUAUUUUAUUUAAAGCAUUACUUCAGUGUAAUUCAUACUUCAAAAAAGUUACCAGUCAAUAUUUUUAAUAAAAUAGUAACUCUUAUUUUACUACAAACUUACCGUAUAAAUCUACAGUUUUUACCACAUUAAUUUUACUGCAAGUUACAUCGAUUUGUAAUACAACUGCAAAUCAACUCUAAUACUACAUGUCACCAAUCGGAGCAUAUAUUUGCGAAGUGAUUUUGCCACAUGUCCUCUCUACAAUCAUUUUUACAAAAACAAUGAUGACAUGGCUAACAAGAUUGAUGACAUAGCUUAUAGUUAAUAUGAUAUGGAAAAUCAUAUUUAUUACUGACAUAUAUUUUUGGUAAACUUUAUAGAAUAUGACAAUAAGUUAUUGUCAAUAACUAAUACAUUACAUUUAAUGUUGAUUUAUAAUUUUGGUAAACUUCUUAAAAUAUGGUAAUAAUUCAUAAAUCAUCACUAAAAUAAAUAUAUUGAAAUAUGCAUUAUAAAUUUCGAAAUACAUUAUUUAAUUGUAUUUUUAUAAUUAUACAAUUUUUAUUACUAAUAUUUUCAAAAUUUUCUACAUCUUUUUAAAAAUAUUAAUAAAUUGUUAAUCA